UAUUAUUAUAUAGCAUUCAUAAGGAACUAUUAAGUGAGUUUUUACGUAGUUUUCUAACAUACCUAAUUCAUUCAUGAACAUUAAUUCUUAUUCUACAAAAAAGAUAAUAAUAAGUCAUUCAUUCGUAAACGUCACGGUAGUCAUCGUAAUCAUUCAUUCGAUGUGUGUUCACGCUUGUCCGUAAUUUGUAUCAUACGUUGAUCAAAAAAAAAAAGGUUUUUAUAUAGUUGUCAAUUGUCAUUCAUUCAUUCGUACGUUCUAUAUUUUAUUGUUUGUGAAAUUUUUACACGUCGCCAUCUUAGACGCCACUGUUCUGUUACAAGAAAUCGAGUUUGUUUUGUUUUCAUAUUGAUUGCAAUUGAGCCAGAAUUAAGCUUUAACAGUUUUAUACGAUUUAAUCUCGUCACUAUGGCAGAUAUAAAAGUGUUAGUAGCAAGCCGAGGUCGCUGCAAAGGCGCAAUUACGCGUUUGAAAAAUUCUUAUAGUGAGGAAUCUUAUACGAAAAUGCCGGUCGAAAAAAUUAAAGUUAAACGGCAGCACUUAAAGGAGGUUUAUGCAGACUAUAAUAGUCUGUGCACGCAGAUUCUAGCAGUCGACCCACAGGAUAAUGACGACCAGGCGGACGUGGAAGAAACAUACCUCGAUUUGUUGGCAAAUUUCGACCUUGUUUUGAACAGUUUACAAGGCGGCAACGCGGCGUGCUCAACAUCACGGAUAAAGCUACCGAACGUAGUUAUACCUACAUUUACUGAAGUCAAGCAGCAUCUGGCAGCAUUAAAAAACCUGGGUGAGCCCAUAUGGGACAGCAUCAUCGUAUGUAUUGUGCUACGCAAAUUAGACAUGCUGACAAGCCGGGCUUUCAAGAUGGAGCGCGACAACAAGUCUCUGCCAACAGUUGUGGAGCUGACAGAGUUUUUAGAGCGGCGAGCGUUGGCUUUAGAAACCAACGACAACAUUCCUGUCCAGAACACGCGCCCGCAACGCCUUGUUAGCCAUGCUGUAGCAACACCCUCUGCUUCUGCUGCAUGUUCUUACUGUCCUCCUGCCGCCCCUUGAAGGAGCCGCCACUACGAGCAGCCAGCGUUCUGCUUGCGGUCCGGGUGCAGCCAGUCCUGAGCAGCCAUCAAUACUACACACGUCUUUCGGUCACGUUGUCGCCGGCAGUACAGGCAUGCCUACUACAUCCAGUAACCAGGUUAUAUCCUUAUUUUGUCAGGAAUGUAGUACUAGCUUAAAUGAAAACAUGAGUGCUUUUUGGAGGGCAGAAAAAGUACCUGAAAUCUUCCCAGAGCAAGUACCUGAACAGGAUUAUUGUGAAAAGCUUUUUCAGGAGACCACUAGGCUUGAAAAUAAUAAAUUCCUAGUCACUAUGCCAACUAAAGUCCCUUUAGAGCAAAUUAAUUCUGAACUGGGAGAUUCUUUUAAUCAGGCACUACAAAGAUUCAUUAAUUUA